AUGUCAGGCAUCGACUCCCCCGAGAUCCUCGCGGCUUACGACGCCGUGCGCUCCGACAAGGACGAGACGAAAUGGCUCCUCAUCUCCUACGCCAGCGCCGUCGGCGAUAAGCUUGCCCUCACUGCGACGGGCACGGGCGGUCUCGAAGAACUUGCCGGCAAGCUCGACGAGAGCCAGGCGCAAUAUGCGUAUGUUCGGGUGGAAUAUGCCAACGACACCGAGUCGAAGCGGGUCAAGUUCGCGCUGGUCAUCUGGAUCGGCGAGAGCACCAAGGUGAUGCGCAAGGCACGCGUUAGCAUUGAGAGUGGAAACGUCAAGAGGGUCCUUGCGCAUCACUCCAUCACCGUCGACGCAAGGGACAAGAGCGAUGUCACCGAGAAGGAGAUUGUGCCUCGAUUGCGGAAGGCAGGAGGUGCUGAUUACAAUGGUGGGAGGGGCUGA